AGCAGAAGCUGAUCAGACGCUGUAUGUAAGAGCUGAUUUCAUGACAGGUGUAUUUAAAAUUAUGUAUGUAUUAUUUUAGUUUCUUACAUUUUUUAAUGUUAAAAUCAGUGUUUCUUUUAUAACCGGUUCUCGUUUUGAUUUUAUUUUUGGUCUCAAUUUUUUAGUCACGCUCUUUUUUAAUAAAUUGUAUGUGUAUGUUUUUGCUUCCUUUUCUUUUUGGUUUUUUUUCUUUUUUUUUUUUUGUUAAAUUUUUCAAAUAUAUUAAUUCAAAUCAAUAAAUAAAAUGAAUAGUUUAAAGUCUGAAGGUUCGUAAUCAUAUUUAAAAUACAACCGGAUACUUAAUAGAUGAAUGAAGGUGCAUUACUGAUACUAGGAAUUCGUCUCAUUUUCCGUUGUCACUCUGUUAAUGGUGGAUAUUAAAAUGGUGUCGCCAUGUCUAAAUUAUAUUAAAUUUUCGAUAGUGGCGCUAGAAGCGUUCCGUUCUAUGUGUAUAUUUAAAUUUGUGUGUGUGUAUGUGUGUGUGUGUGUUUGUGUGUGUUUGUGUGUGCGUAUGUGUGUGAGAGAGAGAGAGAGCUUUCUUAGUUGACAAUAUAAACAAGGGCUCUUUGCUAACCUUGAAUUACCUAUAGAGAGAAAAAAAUAUAUUUAUAUAUACUCUCAAAGUUCAGGACUAUGAUUACUUAGUCUUAUAGACAUUGAAGCGUUAGCUCGAACCGUGUUAACAAAAACAUUUCAGAUGGGUCCUAUCCAAUAACACGAGUUUAAGAGCUUAUCCCAUUAAAUUAUGUUCAUAAAGCCAAAGCAACAGCACAUUGAGCUAUGAAAAUCAAUGGGGGUUCAGGGGUAAUUUUGUAAAUAAUAUUUCAGACAAAAUUAAUAUUUUUUUCGAGGCCUAGUCGAUGGGUGGAAGGGCUGGACACCAAAGGAUGGUGUUGGGGAGUGUGUGUGUGUGUGUGUGUGUGUGUAGCCGGGGGGGUUGCGUUUGGUGCGUAAUACUAUCUUUUGUUUUAAGGAAAUAGUUGGAGUAAUUUCUUAUAUAUAUUAUGCUUCUGGUGUGGCUGCUUUUGAGUUCCAUGUAUUUCGCUGGGCACUGAAUGCUCCUCUGGCUUUUGGACUCUAGACUUUAUGUCCUCAUCUGUGCCACCAUUGUUAUUUAUGAUGCUUACAAGGCAUGUAAAAGUUUCAAGUUCUUAAAAAGAUGCCCCUGUCAAGUUAAUCCCAUUGACGCCCAUCCACUGCAUUUACUCUUAAAGUCUUGGUUUAUUCUUAUUUAUGCUAAGUCCCACUUGCUGGGAUACAGAGUCAAGUUUUGUUGUUUUCUCCUGCAUUUGUUUAUAACUAUGUAAUAAAAGUGCAAUGUCAUCUGCAAAUUCCAAAUCCUCCAACAUUCUGAAAGGUAUCUACUUAAUUCCAUUUUCCCAAUCCUGUGUUGUUUCUCACAUGAUCCAGUCAAUGGAUAAUAGUAAGAGGAAUGAUGAAAGGCAGGCAUCCCUUUCAAACUGAAGAUUCUAUCAUAAUGGCUUUGUGAUUUCCCCUUCAUGUAUAACCCUACAAUUCACAUAUUUUUAUGUGUUCUUAAUUAAAUUAGUUAGCUUUUUGGAUAAUACCAUAAUGUCCUAGGAAUUUUCACAGUGCAUAUCUGUUUAAGCUGUCAAAUUUUUUUUUGAAGUCGACAAAAUUUAGGUAUAAUGAUGCACCCCACUCAAAGCACUGCCAAAUGAUUAGGCGCAUUGCUACAAUUUGCUAAGUACAUUAUUUUUUUUUCUCUAAAACCAGCAUUUUCAUCUCUUAGUUUGGAGUCUAUCGCUUUUUUUAUCCUCUGCCAAAAAAUUAUAUUUAGUAUUUUUCCUGGUACAGAAAGCAGCAUGAUUCCUCUAUAGUUUCCACAUUCUUGGAGAUCAUCUUUCUUUGACCAAUUAUCCGUCUCUCCUCUCCAUGGGUAUCUCUUCUUUGUCCCAGAUAGUCACAAUUAGCUGGUGAAAGAUUCUUGAUGAAAGUUCCAUAUUUGCCUUUAGUACUUCUGCGGAGAUUUCAUCAGGACCAGCAGCCUUUCCGAUUUUCAAUAGUUUGAUCGCAUUUUCAAUUUCUGUUCUUGUGGGUGCAUUGCAGUUAAUUAGGAGAUCUUCGUAUGCAGGACUUUAGUAGAUGGGAAGUUCCCGCAUUGCUGUAUUCAAUAAUUGGCGAGUUUAGUAAAUUAUAAAUGUGCUUUGUAAAAGGGUUUGGGACAUUGGAAUAUUAAUAAGUUUAGGGGCAAGGGUACAGAAUUAAGAAUAUUAUAAAUUGCGUUACUUGAAAUCAUGAUUUAUUAAGUAACUCAAGUAUAAAGUUCACACAUGGCUGCCAACAUUGUUAGGCGGGCUAUAGCUAGUGGGGUUUUUUUUUUAAUAUUCAUUUAUGAACAUCAUUCUAUUUAAAUUUUUUUUAGUAGAAAAAGUUUCCUCUCACUCAAAAUCGAUAGGAUGGUAGUUUUUAAGUACCAACAUACACAGCUAUAUGAUAUUUAAAUGGGGUGUUUCGAGUACUUUCUCAAAGCUUAUUACAUUCAAUGAUUUACUUUGGGCUCCCAGUAAGACUUAAAGAAAAAUUGUUCUUGAUUUAGUAAGUCUUAUUCUAAUUUUCAAAUAUGACUGCAUUAAAAAAUGUAUUUCAUGCUCUUCUUUUCACCAUCAAAAGACAAAGUCUCUCAGUUGCAGCGCCUUGGCGACUACCUGAUCAAAGUUGGUUUCAUUUAAUUUCACGCCUUACUUUCUCUCCCCAUAUUUCUAUUUAACUGGCAUGAAUAAAAGGAACCUGCUAUAGAUACCGUAUCUCUAACGAACAAGUCAAAGAGAAAAUUCGUAAACCAAUUGGGCAUUAUUAUGACCUCCUGGAAACUGUAAAAAAAGCGCUAACUGGAAUUGUAUGGCCACUUGACAAGAUAUCAAGGGCUCGCCAAAGAAAUAAUGCAGGGCACAACGAGAGGAGGCAGAAGAGGAGGAAGACAUGAAAAAAAUGGAAGAUAACAUCAAAGAGUGGAAGGGACCAAAGCUUGGCGAUGCUGUACGAAGUGCAGAAAACAGAGAGGAAUGGAGAGGGAUAGAUUUCAUGUCAUCUGUCGAGGCCCAAUGGUGCAAGGACUAAAGGAAAUAAUCAUGAUGAUGAAUAAAGGGCGAUGUAGAAUCCGGAUAAUUUUUUUCAGUUUUUUUCAAUGUUUUAUAAUUAUAAAUAGAAUUUCAAUGUGAAAAAAACAAUGCUUCACGUCUUUCAAUACCUAAAAUACGUUCUUUUCGUUAAAGUUUGUCGAAAAAUUCGUCCCUCAAUAUACAGAAAAACGUCAAUCAGGUGCAGAACCCCCCCCCCCCCCCCCCCCCCCCCCCCCCCCCCCGCACAGAGCUCUUUAAUUUCUCAGUGACGGGACCACAACAGAAUAAAAUCUGGCCAACUUCCAUUUGUGACCGAAAUAUACAUGCGCCAAAACAAAAGUAGUCUGUGUGAGGUAUAAAGUGUACAACUCUGUUUAACCAAUUUUGAGCGCGUCAACAAAAUGAACCAACUCAGUUAUUAGUACUUACCACCAGUCUACUCGUCGUCUUACACUAGUAUAAACAAACCCUCCAAAUAAAGGCGUCUGGAAAACUUGAGCUCCCCAUCUACUAAAGUCAAUUGACAAAACAGGCAUUCAAGUAACGCACUUAAUAGGAACCCUAAUUAGAGAUAACUUAUGGGAAUUUUAUUUUGCACGCCUACUAAACACAGCAUUACAGCCAGACAUACAUAUCUAAAGAAUUAUUAUUUGAUUAAGUAUUCACAGCCAAUGUCCUUUCCUUUUAUCAUUGAAACAUCCUAUCUUAAAAUUUUGAUACCCAGAUAUUUGCCAUUUUGCUAUAUACUGGGUAUUGUUUUAAGAAGUAAAUUUUAAAAAAUAUCGACCCUGAUUGAAUAAAGUAUAAUUCAAAAAAAGGGGACUUGCUUAGCGAAAUUCAUCCUACUAGCACUUUUUUUAAGCCAUAAGUAUUUUAAAAAAAGAUGAAACUAUGAAAUAAAUUCAUUUUUAAGAAGUUUGUCUUUCAAAUCAAGUACCAGAAAUCAUUUAUUUUAUUGAAGUUUAUAACUAUAAAACCAUAAUUUUCAUCAUUCAUUUUAGUAAUAUACCACUUCCAUUUACAGCCUAUACUAUCAUCAUGUGGGGAGGGAGAAGAUCCCGCUCCAAAACUAUGAGCUCCUUUGAUUCCACUGUUCACAGUUUUCUUUUGAUUGGUAAAUGUGGAAAUGGUAAAAGUUCAUCUGGAAAUGCUAUCACAGGGAAGAAACAUUUCUUCGCGCCAUUUCACACAACACAAGCCUGCACAAAAGCUGUAACAAAAUGCGAAACUCAACGUUGGGGCAAAAGGAUAAUUAUCCUUGAUACACCUGGAUUAGCAGACACAGAACUUGAUGACAUUGAGAAUGCCGAGUUUGCAAGAAAGAACAUGAUAAAAUCAUUUAGACUUUGCCCAGGGGGUUUUAGUGCAUUUCUGAUUGUAAUGAAUUAUACCAAUACGUUUAAUAACGAAGAGAAGCAAGCGAUCGAAACGUUGACAGAAAUAUUUGGUAACGAAAUGUUCGCCUCCUCCAUCUUAAUUUUUACACACGGAGACAACUUUGAUAUUGACCAAAAAGUUUCAAAUUAUGAAUACAGUCAAAAAGAAUUUGUUUCAUGGUGCCUUAAUGUUCAGGGAGAUCUACAAAUAUUGCUCCAGAAAUGUAACUAUAGGGCCGUGCUCUUUCAUAAUAAUAAAUGGUAUGAGAAAGAAAGAGAUCUUGAAAUGGUGGAGCUAUUCGAAAAGUUGGAAGAAUUAAAACGCAAUAAAUAUUCAAUAUAUCAAUUCAACAAAAAUGAGGCCCGAAGAAAGAAACUAAUUUUAAAUAAAUAUCCUCAGCAGCUGAAAGAUAAAAUAGCCAAAGAACUGGGUGAACUGAAAGACAAUUUAAAACUUAUCACGCACCAGAAUGAAAUGUUAUAUACAAGAACUAGUAAAGUUUUCGAAAAAUUAAAAUGCCAUAAAAUGCCACAGAAAGUUUUAUUUGAAAAUGCUACAAAAAAUUUACUUGAUAAUUUCGAAAACAUGGAAAAUAAUCGAGUAAAAUUUGAUUUCCUUUCCGAAAUUCUGAAGGAUAUGAACGGCCCCUUUCUCCAAGAACUAGGGACUCUUAUAGCUGACAUCAAAAAAAUAUUAAAUCCAGAAAUGCACAAAAAUGAAUUGAAAAGAAAAGUUUCUCUAUUGUUAGAGUACAUAAAAGAACAAGGUCAUGGCACAAAGCACUUAAAUCUGGAGGAACAAAGAGUGAAAAUGUUCCAAAGAGAAAUCGAAGAACUGGACACAAGAGGUGGUGACAUUGUUACAGAAAUGAAAUGGUAGCUUAAUCCAUUUAUGGGGUUUUGAUAAUAAAUGCCUUCAGUGGACGCUAAUAUUUAUCAAUGACUGCAUUGGAUGCUAAUCUUAAUGAAUGAAUUCAAUGGACGCUAAUGUUAGUAAAAGACUUCCGCUGAUGCUAACUUUAAAAAAGGACUUCAGCAGAUGCUAAAAUUUAUAAAUAAUCUCAGUGGACGCUUAUGUAAAGUAUUGCCUAUAUUUGUUGCUAAUGUAAAUCAAUGCCUUAAGUGGACGCUAAUGUUAAUCAAUGCCUUCAGUGGACGCUAAUGUUAAUCAAUGCCUUCAGUGGACGCUAAUGUUAAUCAAUGCCUUCAGUGGACGUUAAUGUUAAUCAAUGCCUUCAGUGGACGCUAAUGUUAAUCAAUGCCUUCAGUGGACGUUAAUGUUAAUCAAUGCCUUCAGUGGACGCUAAUGUUAAUCGAUGCCUUCAGUGGACGCUAAUGUUAAUCAAUGCCUUCAGUGGACGCUAAUGUUAAUCAAUGCCUUCAAUGGACGCUAUUGUUAAUCAAUGCCUUCAGUGGACGCUAAUGUUGAUCAAUGCCUUCAGUGGAAGCUAAUGUUAAGCAAUGCCUACAGUGGACGCUAAUGUUAAUCAAUGCCUUCAGUGGAAGCUAAUGUUAAUCAAUGCCUACAGUGGACGCUAAUGUUAAGCAAUGCCUUCAGUGGACGCUAAUGUUAAUCAAUGCCUACAGUGGACGCUAAUGUUAAUCAAUGCCUACAGUGGACGCUAAUGUUAAUCAAUGCCUUCAGUGGACGCUAAUGUUAAGCAAUGCCUACAGUGGACGCUAAUGUUAAUCAAUGCCUUCAGUGGACGCUAAUGUUAAGCAAUGCCUACAGUGGACGCUAAUGUUAAUCAAUGCCUUCAAUGGACGCUAAUGUUAAUCAAUGCCUUCAGUGGACGCUAAUGUUAAUCAAUGCCUUCAGUGGACGCUAAUGUUAAUCAAUGCCUUCAAUGGACGCAAUUGUUAAUCAAUGCCUUCAGUGGACGCUAAUGUUGAUCAAUGCCUUCAGUGGAAGCUAAUGUUAAGCAAUGCCUACAGUGGACGCUAAUGUUAAUCACUGCCUUCAGUGGAAGCUAAUGUUAAUCAAUGCCUUCAGUGGACGCUAAUGUUAAUCAAUCCCUUCAGUGGACGCUAAUGUUAAUCAAUGCCUAUAGUGGACGCUAAUGUUAAUCAAUGCCUACAGUGGACGCUAAUGUUAAGCAAUGCCUACAGUGGACGCUAAUGAUAAAACAGUAGACAUCGUGUGACGUAAUAUCAGGUAAAAGAGACGGGUAAGGGAAGUCAGUACAACGUAAGUUGAUUUGUCCGUGAAAGUUUUUUCGACAGGAUGGCAAUAGAUUAUCGAGCUGUAUGGCUGGUCACGCCCUCUUGUUAAUACAUACCACUGUCGUUUCACGUGAAGGUUCCUUGCAUGAUAUAACCUUCUCAAAUCCUGCAGCACUGGCUCUAUCACCAUGCCCAUGUUGCAUUCUUGGGUGAUGGUAAGAAUAUUGAUUUCCUCAUCCUCAAAGAAAUGGGGACCUAACAUACCUUGUGCUGAAACUGCACACCAUAUCGCCACCUGUGCCCUGUGAAGCGGUUCCGGAACAGUAAAAGUUGGGGCUCCAACCAAGGAAGCGAGUUGUCUGCCGAUUGAUGCAGCCGUCCAAGUAAAUGUUACUUUCUUCCGAGAACCACACAUUCCAAAAGAUAAAUAUGGAUCCUCGUACACCAUGGCCAUAAAUGCUUCAAAAUACAUCAUCCCGGCUGGCAUAUCUAGUUCUAUCAAGCGUUGCAGAACCUGUUUCCGGUACGAAUAUUCACUGAUGUCGUUAGACAAACGGUAAACGAACGUAUCGCUGAUGUUCAGUUUUAAUUGUGUUCGUCGUAGUUUUCGUGGCGGUGGAGGUGGAAUCUGCUGUAGAGAAAAUGCAUUAUUCUCAUUUUUGGUAACACUGACUAGCUGAGCGGUCUUACCCUUCCGUUGAGACAGCACACUUCCAGAACGGCAAAAAUCUAUAUCAAUUGUCAGCAUAGCCGUGUUACUUGGUGACGUCUUUUCAAACAUCUCUUUGAAUCGUUCUAUUACCUUUUUCAACUUGGGCCCGCUGUACGACCAGUUUUAUUUGAGCGAAAGUAAUGUUCUUCUGUCAUUGUCUUCAUCCGCAGAGAGACCCAUUUCCAACAGCUACUUCCAAACACAUCUUCCUUGACACCUCUACCAAAUAUUAUAAUAGCGAGUAGAACAAUGAUAGAAACUUUGACAGAAAUAUUUGGCAACGAAUUAUUCGCUUCCACCAUCUUAACCUUUACACAAGGAGACAACUUUGAUAUGAACCAAGAAGUUUCCAAACUUGAAGACAAUCAAAAAGAAUUUGAUACAUAGUGUCUUAUAGUCCAUAGAGUUCUACACAUAUUGCUACAAAAAUGUAACUAUAGGGCUGUGCUCUUUCCCAAUAACGAAGGGUAUGAGAACAAAAGAGAUCGUGAUAUGUUAAAUGUGUUUGAAAAGUUGGAAGAAUUAAAACGGCAUAAGUAUUCACAUUAUCCAUUCAACAAAAAUGAGGCCCAAAGAAAGAAACUUAAGCUAAAAUAAAUAUCCUCAGCUGCUGAAAGAAAAAAUAGCCGAAGAACAUGAUGAACUGAACCAUUUAUCAUUCAAUAAAAGGAUACACUAUACACAAGGACUCUCAUGCUGACAUCAAUAAAAUAUUAAUUCCAGAAAAGCCAGAAAAAUUAAUUGAAAAGAAAAAUUGUUUAUAGUUAACUUACAUUUAAACAGUAACUCUUGAGACAUACAAAUUAUCGCUGAAAGAACAAAGAGUUUAAAUUAAAUGUUUGACACAGAAGAGAAAUGGACACUAGGGCUGGAUAAAUGAGUUAAACUUUUUUUUUUGUCAUAACUUUAAAUAAAUGACGAAAUAAAUAAUUUAUUUUUGCAGUGGAUUAAACGUCUAUAUGUAAUCGAAAAAGAAUUUGGGGGAAAAUAUCAACAGAUUAUUUAAGUUAGCGGGUGAAAAAUCAAAUAAAAAAAGACAUAUCAUAGUCCCAAUAUGUUUUUUUAAUAAAACUUAAGCUCUAAAUCAGUGUUUCUCAACCUUGACCCUUUAAUACAGUUCCCCAUGUUGUGCUGAAACCCCACCCCCCCCACAAAAAAAAAAAAAAAAAAGUUUCUACUUCAUAAAUAUGGUUUUCCGAUAGUCUCAUACGACCCCUGUUUAAGGGUCGUUCGACCCAUAAAGGAUUAUGACUCACAGGUUGAGAAUCAUUGCUCUAAAUGUUUUAAAUAUAAAAGCAAGAAAAAUAAGUAUUGUAUUGAAUUUUUGUCAGAUUUUUUAACAUGAAAAACGAGGCGCAAUUUUUUGCUCUAAUGUAUUGUAUAAUUCUAUAAAAUAUUGAAAUGAAAAAAAAAUGAAAUUUAAGAUAUUACUCAUACCCAAUUCUUAAGUGACUGAAGACAAAAUAAUAAUUAUUAUUGACGCCGUAAAUUUCAAACGAAUACUUAUUGCUAAUGUGUGCAUAAUUUAUCUUUGAUUUUGCAAUAUGAUUAAAACUUGUGUCGUAUACCGCAUUUUAUGUGUAAAGUUAUUUUAUAUUUAUGAUGCAUUUUUUUAUUAAACCAAAUAAAAUCUUACUUGAAAACUUUCUUUAAUUUUUGUUUGUCUUGUUUGCCAUUUUCAUUUUUUAAAUAUGUGUUUAAUGCACAUUUGCCGUCGACAAGAGAUUUAAUGUGUGAUACAUUUCAAAGUCAUUAUUAUAGAUAAAUAUUACCAAUGAAGCGUUUCGGAGAAAAGAGAGAGCCAAAUUGUUCUGUAACUGAGCAAAUUACCGACUGAUGCUAUGCCAUAAACAGAGUUUCAAUCUCUUUUAUUAUUAUUGAAAACUGUAUUUCUACUCAUUUCCGUCGUGUUUGUCCAGCGUAAUUUUUUUGUGUACACAUGUGACUCUCUCACUCGAUUCAUCGUCUGUCUGAGUGCUGCUCCGGUCUGCUGGGUCAAGGUGGGCGUGUCGACACUUUCGCUCAGUUUUUAAUCGUUGCUUUUUUGCAGUGAACGGCGACAGAAUGGUGGGUAGGGGAGCUAAGGUGAGAGCAGUAAGAUUUUGAGAGGAUGGUUCUAAAUCUACUUUUUAUAAUGUUGCCUAAGUAAGGAGUAAAUUCAAUUUAAUCGGAAUUUUAUAUAUGCACUAAUUAGUAAUUGAUUUAAACACACGAGGUUGGCAAAUACUGAUGAAAGCAAUGUUUGUUAUGUAAGCUUUUGGCAGGGUGUUGGUUUUUUAUUAUCUAAUUUUCAUGGAAAUGCAAUAACUAUCGCCAACUUUCAUAAACGUGCCCUGAAAUAAUGCAAUGGAAAUACAGUAACUAUCGCCAACUUUCAUAAACGUGCCCUGAAAUAAUGCGAUGGAAAUACAAUAACUAUCGCCAACUUUCAUAAACGUGCCCUGAAAUAAUGCGAUGGAAAUACAAUAACUAUCGCCAACUUUCAUAAACGUGCCCUGAAAUAAUGCAAUGGAAAUACAAUAACUAUCGCCAACUUUCAUAAACGUGCCCUGAAGUAAUGCAAUGUUGACAUAUUUUUUCGUGUUUGUUAUACGCCUGUGAAAGAUAUAUAACUUUAAUUCAUGGUUUAGUGUUAUAUACAGGACACUAAAAAAAAUAUAAGGUCAUCAGUUUACCGGGUAAAGGUCGGGGGGCGUUGCUACUUGACAAAGAUUUGAAGAAAAGUAGGUCUUUGGAACUAAAUUACCCACGAAUAUAUCUCGUGAUCUAUUGUGUGCUUGUAUGAGUCGAUAGCAACUUGUCAUUUAAUUUGAAAAAAAAAAUUUAAUUUCUUUUUUUUCCUAUAAGUAGUCUUAAAAUAUUGUGUUUUUAAUCUACGCUGUAAAAGGAGUGGGAAAUAUUUAAUGUUAAAAUAGCACAGGGGUGAAAAAAAUGUGCUGUUGCGAACCUAAGUGGAUUUUUUUUUUUGGGGGGGGGGGGUGUCAUUGAGGGCAUGUUUAGUCAAUUAACUUUAGUUGACGGGAAGCUACGUAUUGCGGCCGCAAAUGUUUUGCGAGCUAUAAAUAGUUUUCUGAUAUUUUCAGAUCGGAAGUGCUGUAAAAGGAGUGGGAAAUAUUUAAUGUUAAAAUAGCACAGGGGUGAAAAAAAUGUGCUGUUGCGAACCUAAGUGGAUUUUUUUUUUUGGGGGGGGGGGGGGUCAUUGAGGGCAUGUUUAGUCAAGUAACUUUAGUAGACGGGAAGCUACGUAUUGCGGCCGCAAAUGUUUUGCGAGCUAUAAAUAGUUUUCUGAUAAUUUCUACAUUGGAUGUGACAGUCUGAUGAAGACUUCCUGGAAAAAGCCAAUAAAAUUGUGGACGUUUUCCGCUCCAGAUUUUAUCCUGAUACUUUUAUUUGAUCAGUACUCGGCCGUGUCUAAUACGAUUCCACGAAUUUGGGUGUUAAGGACUCAUUCAAGUAAACUGACUGUCGAACGAAAUUCAUCCUUACUUACCAUCCUCACAAUGGGAGUGUACAAAAUAUAUUUGAACAAUUUUCAUAAGCUCCUGGCUGAACCCGACACUAACAAAAUACUAUCAUCCUCUCAAGUCAUUGUCUUAUCGAACUUAUCUUAAUUGUAUCAUUCAGCGCAGUUCUUGUUCACAUGUGUACAUCUAAGCACAUCUGGACUCUGAACCCUUUUUAGGUGACAUACCCCAACUACUUCAUCACAGAUACCUAAGAUCAGAUAGAUCAUGGUGUAUUUUUUUUCUUAAAAUUAGGACCGAAAGAUAUAAAAAUUAUUUUGUUCCACCGCCUUUAUGAAUUGACCAGCGUUAUCCCCCCCCCCCCCCCCCAUUUGUGUGAUUUCCAAAUCGAAAUGAUCACUAAGUAACUCAUUAUUUCACUACGGGAGUUCAUUGAUGUCUGAUUUCUAGGCUACAAAAUAAUAUAAAUGUCUUAUUUUUAAUGUGUUAUAAUUGUAAAAUGUUCACUUUGUUGAAAAAUAUGUAUUUAUUUAUGUGCUGAAAACGAAUAGAUAAAUGUAAUUGUAAUUUUUUUUAAAAAACAUUUCCAUUUAUUAGGUUCAGUAAUGAAACCUUACCUUAUCUUCCCACUAUGACAUAGCACAACGAAGGCAGAUACCAGAGAGAGAAAAGUGGACACAGCUAACAUCUCCAUCACAAGCGUAAAAGUCUCCUCUGAAUCAUUUAUUGAGACGAACAAAAAGGCUUCCGGUAAACGUCAAAGAUUAUCUUUUAUAUAUAUUUCUCUUCUUGUGUGGCUGCUUACUUUUAACAGCUAACCUUCCACCUACUCAACAUGAUUAAUAUUAAUAGUACUGGUUUGGGGGAGGGGGGUAAUUCUGUUAAGAAGGGAGCGUCAUUUGUGACGGUUGAACUCUUUUUUUUUUCGGAGAGUACCGUUAUAUUAAUAUAUAAAGAACCAUGGGAAUGGUGUAGGACUGUCUGUAUGACUAUUGUUUUAAAUCCAGCAGGUAGGACUGUCUAUAUUCCUAAUGUUUUAAGGCCAGCAGGUAGGACUGUCUAUAUGCCUAUUGUUUUAAAUCCAGCAGGUGGACUGUCUAUAUGCCUAUUGUAUUAAGGCCAGCAGGUAGGACUGUCUAUAUGCCUAUUGAUUUAAGGCCAGAAGCUAGGACUGUCUAUAUGCCUAUUGUUUUAAGGGCAAAAGGUAGGACUGUCUGUAGGCCUAUUGUUUAAAGGCCGGCAGGUAGGGAGUAGGACUGUCUGUAGGCCUAUCGUUUAAAGGCCGGCAGGUAGGGUGUAGGACUAUCUGUAGGCCUAUCGUUUAAAGGCCGGCAGGUAGGGUGUAGGACUGUCUGUAGGCAUAUCGUUUAAAGGCCGGCAAGUAGGGUGUAGGACUGUCUGAAGGCCUAUUUUUUAAAGGCCGGCAGGUAGGGUGUAGGACUGUCUAUAUGCCUAUUGUUUUAAGGGCAAAAGUUAGGACUGUCUGUAGGCCUAUCGUUUAAAGGCCGGCAGGUAGGGUGUAGGACUGUCUGUAGGCCUAUCGUUUAAAGGCUGGCAGGUAGGGUGUAGGACUGUCUGAAGGCCUAUUGUUUAAAGGCUGGCAGGUAGGGUGUAGGACUGUCUGUAGGCCUAUUGUUCAAAGGCUGGGCAGGUAGGGUAUAGGACUGUCUGGAGGGCUGUUGUUUAAAGGCCGGCAGGUAGGGUGUAGGACUGUCUGUAGGCCUAUUGUCUAAAGGCCGGCAGGUUAGAUGUAGGACUCUCUGUGGGUUUUUUGUUUAAAAGCCGGCAGGUGAUGCGUUAGAAUGUAAGUAGGCCUUUUCUUAAAUGUCUGCAGAUAAGGUGUAGACAAUGGGCCUACAGACAGUCCGUAGGCUUAUUAUUUAUACUAAAAAUUAUCGGACCCGGAGUAAAAAAAACUGCAUUCGGUUAAGCCCUGGUAAAUGAUAUUCUUCUUCAUAAAACCCGUUACAAUGUGAAUAUAAUCUUGGGGAUGCGUAGUUUAUAAUGUCUUUGAUACUUCAUAAUAUUAAUUUUUUUUUAAUGUAGUUGCAUAGUCUCUUAUAAAUUUAAUCACCGGCAUUUUUAGAUAACAGUAACAGUUUUAAAUGUCAUUGAAUAUUCUAAUACACUUACAAAGCUAUUCACCUGCAUUUUUAGAUAUAAACAAAUCUAUACUGUGACUUUAUUAAUCAAAUAGUCAAUGAUUACACUCCAGUUUCCCUUACAUGUGUCGAUGUUUACAUCUCUUUGUGUUACACCUCUUCACUGAUAUCAAGUACCCCCCCCCCAAAAAAAGGGGGGGGGGUAGUGGGUGUUUAUUUUUAUGUUUUGUAUUAUUUUGAAUAUCAGUGAGUGUGUCUGUAUGUAUUAAGUAAAAUCCCAUAAUUAUGUUCGUGUUAGCAUAUUAUGUAUUUGGUGUAUGAUUUAUAACGUCAGGUUUCAGAACCUUUGUUUUUAAGCGCAUUUGUGUAUUACCCUCUUGGCGGUACGUGACGUUUUGGCUCGGAGCCGUGUUGGCGCAGGUCAUUUUUGGUGCACAGAUGGCCUAAGCCAUUAUUUACCGUUCCUGCCUCCUCAUGCGUGCGCUUCACAUUUCUAAAAGUGCAAGAGUGUUCUAGACUAAAAUCAUAAGUGAAGUAGAGUUUCAUAAGUAGAUCACAUAUUAUAAUUCUGUUGAAACAGUAAAAUGGAAAAUGUUACAUCGAAGCGUGGUAAACAAAAGUUGAAUCACGAAGGAUACUGUUGUGUGUUAACUUUAUUAAAAGUUUAGAAACGUUAAGUUAAAUAAAAUAUAAAUAGUUAUUUUUAAACGUUUUCUUAAUUUAUAUAUUUUGCAUUCUCUUUAUUAAAAGUUUAUAAACGUUAAGUUAAAUAAAAAGUUAUUUUUAAAUGGCGCCAAAAUGUCCUGCGCCAAAAUAUCCUGCGCCAAAAUGUCCUGCGCCAAAAUGUCCUGCGCCAAAAUGUCCUGCGCCAAUAUGUCCUGCGCCAAAAAGUCCUGCUUCGCCUCUUGGUGCACUUGUGGCGUCUUUGUGUAGAUCAUGACGUCAUUCUGUUGCUAAAGUUGUAUUUUUCGAAGUGCAAUAGCAAACUUGUAGAGACGGCCCCGAUAAUUUAGGUAGAUAAAUGGACUGCCCAAAAGCUGAAACUUUAGUUUGAUUAUAACUGCUGAAGUGAAUAGCUACAAGUAAAAUUGGGCCCAUUUCUUCAUCGGUCAAAACUAAAUACUAAAUUAGUUUCAUCAACAUAUUCAAAGUCGGAAGCUGAUCUGUAACUCAAAUUAGAUCUUCAAAUGUGGUCCUCAUAAGUUAGUUUGUGAACCACUGCCCUAGAUGAUAAAAAUUCGUCGAAAUCUCAUGGCUUCGAUAACUCGGAAAACUAGACCAUAAGCAGACGCUGUCGAGACGCUGUAUGUAUGAGCUUACUUUAUGACAGGUGUAUGUGACACUAUGAAUGUGUCAUUUUAUGUGUAUGUGACAGUAUGGAUGUGUCAUUUUAUGUGUAUGUGACACCAUGGAUGUGUCAUUUUAUGUAUCUGUGACACUAUGGAUGUGUCAUUUUAUGUAUCUGUGACACUAUGGAUGUGUCAUUUUAAGUGAAUGUAACAAUAUGGAUGUGUCAUUUUACUUUCUUACAUUUUGUAAUGUUAAAAUCAGUGUUUCGCUUAUAACCGGUUCUCGUUUUACAUUUAUUUUUAUUUAAGUGAUCUGCUUUAGUAACAAACUUUUUUGUUUGUGCAUUACUUUAAUCUUGUGUUUCUUAAAUGUUUCAAUAAUAUUAAAGCUAAAACAAUAACUUAAAAUUUAUAUAAUAAUAAAUCUAAUUGGUUUUUAAAAUAAAAUUCCGUCCGACAGUGAUAGAGCAUUUUUAUUCUUGUGGUUUGAUUGGUUUAAAGUCUGAACGGUUCUUACUUAUAUUUAAAAUACAACCGGAUACUUAAGAACUGUGUGAAGGUGCAUUACUGAUACUAAGAUGUUCGAGACGGCUUCCGCUGUCACUCUGUUCAUGGUGGAAAUUAAAAUGGUGUCUUCAUUAAAUUAUUUUUCGAUAGAGGGAGCACGAAGUGUCCCUGUAUAUGUGUGUGUGUGUGUGUGUGUGUGUGUGUGUGUGUGUCUGUGUGUGUGUGUCUGUGUGUGUGUGUCUGUGUGUCUGUGUGUGUGUGUGUGUCUGUGUGUGUGAGAGCUUUCUUAGUUGACCAAAAAAGACAAGGGCCCUUUGCUAAUGUCGAAUUACCUAUAGAGUUUUAAAUAUUUGUAAAUAUAUUCUCAAAGUUCAUGGCAAUAAUCAGUCUCAUAAACAUUGAAAUGGCAGCUUGAUCCAAGUUGUUUUACAAUAGCAUUCGAGCUGGGUCUUAUCAAAUAACAUGAGUUAAGGAACCUAUAUAUCCCAUUAAAAUAUGUUCACAAAGCCAAAGCAACAGACCAUUUAGGUAUAAAAAUUAAUGGGGAUUAGUGGAUAAUUUUGAAAUUAAUAUUUCAGCAAAAAAAACUAAUAUUAUUCGAGGCCUAGCAUCUGAGUGAAGGGCUUUUAUAUGCACUACGCUUCUGUUGGUACCGCUUCUAUAUCCGACUGCUUCCUAACAAGCUGGCUGCUUCCUAUUCAGCGUAUUUGGUAUUGAGCUUCUGCAAUAAGUUUUGUAUUAUGUGACGUAUAAUAAUUCCCAAUAACUACGUUCACGCAAAAUGAUUUUUUUUUUAAAUAACGCAACAGCGUUUGGUGCGUAAUAUUUUCAUUUUCGGAAACUGAAAUCGUCUCAAUUGAAAAAUUGUGUAAUAAAGAGUUGGUUUAAAAGUGAUUGGGACAUUGGAAUAUUAAUAUAUUUUAGGUGUGGUGGUAUAGAGUAGGUGGAGGGAAAAGCUAUAAUUAGGAAUAUUAUAAAGCGCGUUAUUUGAAAUCAUGAUUUGUCAAGUAACUCAAGUAUAAAGUUCACGCAUGGCUGCCGACAUUGUUAGACGGGCUAAAGCUAGUUGUUUUUUUUUCAAAUAUUCAAGUAUGGAAAUCAUUUGAUCAAAUAUGUUCUUUUAAGUAGACAAAGUUUCCUCUCACUCCAUAUCGAUAACAUAGUUGUUUUUAAGUAUCAACACACACAGAUAUCAUACAUUUAAAAGGGAUUAUUUGAGUAUUUUCUCAAAUCUUAUUUAUUACAUUCAAUGAUUUACUUUGGGCUCCCAGGAAGACUUAAACAAACUAUUUCUUGUUUUAGCGAGUCUUAUUCUAGGUCUCCAAUAUGACUAUACACAACUUGUUAUUUCCUGUUCUUCAAUUCGUCGUCAAAAGGCAAUGUCUCUCAAAUGCAGCUCUUUGGUGACUUACCCUUAAUCCAAGUUGAUUUUAUUUAACGAGUCCGAAUAAAGGGUGAUGUGUAGAAGUUAGAUACAUUUUUUGAGUUUCUUUCAGUGUUUGAUAAUAGUAAAUAAAGUUAAAGGUAACAAAAACAGCGCUUCACGUCUUUCAACACCUAAAAUCCGUUUUUCGUUGAAGUUGCCCGAAAUGUUCGUCCCUCAAUAUACAGAAAAACGUCAAUCCGAGGCUGACCACACACUGACCUCUUUAACUUCUCUGUGGCGGGACCAAAACUAAUUAAAAUCUGGCCAACUUCCAUUUAUGAAAGAGUUAUAAAUUUUCCAAAACGAAAGUUUUGGCUGCAAGGUAUAAAGUAUAAAACUCUUUUUAAACAACUUUCAACGUGUCAACAAAAUUAACCGAUCAUUUCUAAGUACUGGCAAUAAGUUUGCUCGUUGCCUAACACAAGAAUAAAUAGCCUGCCAGACAAUAAUGACGGUGGCAACGGUCGAUCUUCCCGUAAAUUGACUAAACACGCAUUCAAGUAACGCACUUUAUAAGAACCCCAAUUGGAGCCAACUUGUGGGGAUGUUAUUUUGCGCGCCUAUUGAACACAACGCUACAGCCAUGCAUACAUACGUAAAGAAUUAAUAUUUGUUAAGUAUUCACAACAAAUGUCCUUUCCUUUUUUUUAAUUAUUGAAAUUUUUUAUCUUAAUAUUUUGAUACCGUACCCAAAUAGUUGUCAUUUGCUAUAUACUUGGCAUUGUUUUAAGAUUUCAAUUUCAAAUAUAUAUAACCAAAUAGAUUCAUUGAAUAAAGUCAAAGUCAAAAAGGGGACUUGAUUAGCAAAAUUCAUUGUACAGGUGAUAUGAGUUAUAAUUGCUGCAACUAUUAAAUUAAUUCAUUUUUUUUAAAGUUUGUCUUUUAAAUUAAAUACGAAAAUCAUUUAUUUUAUUUUAUUUUAUAACUAUAAAGCCAUAAUUUUCAUUAUUAAUUUUAAUAAUAUGGCGUUUUCAUUUACAGCCUAAGCUAUCAUCAUGUGGAGCAGAUUCCGUUCCAAAACUAUGAGCUCCAUUGAUCCCACUGUUCACAGUUUUCUUUUGAUUGGUAAAUGUGGAAAUGGUAAAAGUUCAUCUGGAAAUUCUAUCACAGGGAAGAAACAUUUCUUCGCGCCAUUUCACACAACUCAAGCCUGCACAAAAGCUGUAACAAAAUGCGAAACUCAACGUUGGGGCAAAAGGAUAAUUAUCGUUGAUACACCUGGAUUAGCAGACCCAGAACUCGAUGAUAUUGAGAAUGCCGAGUAUGCAAGAAAGAACAUGACAAAAUCAUUUACAUUAUGCCCUGGUGGUUUUGAUGCGUUUCUAAUUGUAAUGAAUUAUACCAACAGGUAUAAACACGAGGAGAGACAAGUGAUAGAAACUUUGACAGAAAUAUUCGGCAACGAAAUGUUCGCUUCUACCAUCUUAAUUUUUACACACGGAGACAACUUUGAUAUGGAACAAAAAAUUUCCAAACCUGAAGACAGUCAAAGAGAAUUUGCUACGCUGUGUCUUAAAGUCAAUGGAGAUCUACAAAUAUUGCUCCAGAAAUGUAACUAUAGGGCCGUGCUCUUUCAUAAUAAUGAAGGGUAUGAGAGAUAUAGAGAUCUUGAUAUGUUAAAGCUGUUCGAAAGGUUCGAAGAAUUAAAACGCAAUAAAUAUUCACUAGACCAAUUCAACAAAAAUGAGGCCCGAAGAAAGAAACUAAUUUUAAAUAAAUAUCCUCAGCAGCUGAAAGAUAAAAUAUCAAAAGAACUUGGUGAACUGAAAGACGAUGUAAAAAUUAUCACGCACCAAAAUGAUACAUUACAUACAAGGACUAAACAAGUUUUGGACAAAUUAAUGUGCGAUGAAAUGCCUCAGAAAGUUUCAAUUCAAAAUGCUACAAGAAAUUUACUUGAUAAUUUCGAAAACAUGGCAAAUAAUCAAGUAAAAUUUGAUUUCCUUUCCGAAAUUCUGAAGAAUAUGAACCGCCCCUUUCUCCAAGAACUAGGGACUCAUAUAGCUGACAUCAAAAAAAUAUUACAUCCAGAAAAGCACAAAAAUGAAUUGAAAAGAAAAGUUUCUCUAUUGUUAGAGUACGUUAAAGAACAAGGUCAUGGAACAAAGCAGUUACAUCUGGAGGAACAAAGAGUAAAAAUGUUCCAAAGAGAAAUCGAAGCACUGGACACAAGAGGUGGUGACAUUGUUACAGAAAUAAAAUGGUAGUUUAAUCCAUUUAUGGGGUUUUGCGCUCUGGAUAAGAUGUUUAAAAAAACAAAAUGGAUCCCUCUGUUUAUUUAUGUGCUACACUGCAUCGUUUUAUUUAAAACUGAAAUUAUUCCCGUCAGUAAUUUGCAACGUAGUUAUAAAGUAAGAUUAUUCAAGUCAGUGGACUCUAAAGUUAAUAAAUGACUUCAGUGGACUCUAAAGUUAAUCAAUGACUUCAGUGGACGCUAAUGUUAAUCAAUGACUUCAGUGGAUGCAAAUGUUAAUCAAUGACUUCAGUGGACGCAUAUGUUAAUAAAUGACUUCAUUUAUACUAAAGUUAAUAAAUGAAUUUAUUGGAUACUAAAGUUAAUAAAGUGGACGAUUUGUUUUCUUUAUGCAUAGAGGAAAACUUGACAUACAAAUGAACGUAAAAAAUACAUCAGACGCCGAAAGUAACAGUACUGAGAAGAAAAGGCGAACAAUUUUUCUUGUUAUCAAGUGUAAAUGUAUUUCUCCUGUGGGAAAGAACCAUACACACUAUUAGCGUUUUGAUUUACCACGGUAUGCGUAACGCUAGUGUUCAUGGUGUGCACCGCCUUGGUGCGCACUGCCUUGGUGCGCACUGCCUAAUUGUAGACAGGGUUCAUAUCGCUCACAUAAAUUUGAAAACAUAUCACUAAACAAUGGCUGCUGCACAUUUAUGCAAAAAAGGACUUUUAUCUCGAGGAAUGCAGGCACAGUUCUAGGUGAAUCUUCACAGUUGAACGCACUCUCCUUUAAAAUUCCAAAAUAGUAAGCAUUGGGUGGCCUAAGAUCAGAUGAAAGAGACGGGUAUGGGAAGUCAGUACCACGUAAAUUGAUUCGUCCAGGAAUUUUUUUCUGCCGGAUGGCAAGAAGAUUAUCGAGCUGUAUGGCUGGUCGCGCCGUCCAGUUGAUACAAGUGUCUAUUUAUGUGAAGGUUCGCUUUCAUGAUAUUACCUUCUCAAAUCCUGAAGCAAAGGCUCGUUCCCCAUGCCCUUUGUAGCGUUCUUGGGUGACGGUAAGAAAAUUUACGUCUUCAUCCUCAAAGAAAUAGGGGCCUAACUUACCUUGUGCUGAAAUGCCAUACCAUAUCGCUACCCGUGCCCUGUGAAGCGGUUUGUGGACAAUAACAUCUGGCCCCUCCAACCAAGGAAGCGAGUUGUCUGGCGAUUGGUGUAGUCGUCCAAGUAAAUGUUACUUCCGUCCGAGAACCACGCAUUCCAAAAAAUAAAUAUGGAUCCUCGGACACCAUGGCCGAAAAUGCUUCAUAAUACAUCAUCACGGCUGGCAUAUCUAGUUCUAUCAAGCGUUGCCCAACCUGUAUCCAGUACAAAAAUUCGCUGAUGUUAAGUUUCAA